UUUGAAAUUAAGGUUAAAGUGCAAAUAAUUCUGCUUUGCACCAUAACUUUAUGUUUUCCGUGCUGUUAACAAGGAAGCUCAGAAUACUACAUUAUCAUUGUUUUAUGCGUUUUAUUUAUCUUUGUGCUCUAUACGAUUUUGGAAACAAGCAGAAAAUAUUCGAAAAAACUCUUAUGACGCACUUUGAAACUUUUUUUUUUUUUUAACAUUUAGUCUGCUU